UAGCCCCUCCCCCCCUCCCUCCCUCCCUCCCUCCUCCAAUCUGUCCCACUAAAGCGAUUUCAGCGCAUGAAGGGACUCGUCCCCACGGCGGCGGAUGGCAACAUGGCGACAGAGUUCCACAAUCUGCAGGAGUUGAGGCACAGUGCGUCUCUGGCUAAUAAAGUCUUCAUCCAGAGAGACUACAGCGAAGGGACCACCUGCAGGUUUCAGACCAAGUUCCCCUCCGAGCUGGAGAGCAGGAUUGAGCGGACACUGUUUGAGGACACCGUGAAGACGUUGAACAACUACUAUGCAGAAGCAGAAAAGAUAGGAGGCCAGUCCUACCUUGAGGGCUGUCUGUCCUGCGCCACAGCGUACCUCAUCUUCCUCUGCAUGGAGACGCGUUACGAGAAGGUGUUGAAGAAGAUAGCCAAGUACAUACAGGAGCAGAAUGAGAAGAUCUACGCUCCCAGGGGGCUGCUGGUCACAGAUCCCAUAGACCGGGGGAUGCGCGUUAUAGAGAUUUCCAUCUACGAAGACCGGGGCUCCAGUGGCUCCAGCUCGGGAAGCAGCUCCGUAUCCGGCAGCACCGCUCGAUGACUCUCUGCUUCCUCACAACCGAGUCUCCCUGAUCGCCUCAAACCCCGGAGGACUUCGGACAAUAAUCUUACUCUCCUUCCCACGAUUUGCCCGCACAUCGCGAAGCUACGCUCACGCCAAGGACUCACUAGCUCCUGACUCACUAGCUCCUGACUCACUAGCUCUUGACUCACUAGCUCCUGACUCACUAGCUCCUGACUCACUAGCUCUUGACUCACUAGCUGCUGACUCACUAGCUCCUGACUCACUAGCUCCUGACUCACUAGCUCCUGACUCACUAGCUCCUGACUCACUAGCUCCUGACUCACUAGCUCUUGACUCACUAGCUCCUGACUCACUAGCUCCUGACUCACUAGCUCCUGACACUCUAGCUCCUGACUCACUAGCUCUUGACUCACUAGCUCCUGACUCACUAGCUCCUGACUCACUAGCUCCUGACUCACUAGCUCUUGACUCACUAGCUCCUGACUCACUAGCUCUUGACUCACUAGCUCUUGACUCACUAGCUCCUGACUCACUAGCUCCUGACACACACAAGGUGUCCAACCUAAAACACACACUGCAGUAGUUUGUAGAGCACGGUAGGCGGUACACAGGCGCGUUACUGCACGAUGCAAUGUCUCGGUAAAAAGAAGAAAUAACCAUUUUGCCGGUGUGAUCGUACCAUUACCUUCUUGGUGUUUUUGUCAAAUGUAACGCCACUAUGUUUAAUCGGGUGCGUGACAAGGAAGGAAGGGAGCGUUGAAGACCACAAGCCUCAUGGAACCUCAUACCUCAGCCGCAUCACGACGGGCCGAGUUGGACUGAACCUUUUGCAAAUGCAGGGAGGAUGUAGAUGUAUUUAAAGGCAUCACAAUGUUUCACCAAACCCAAAAACCUGAACAACUCUUUGACCUCUGAUGUAAAUCAUGCUGUCUGGUAGCAGAUGAAUGUCAUUCAACCCGACUGUGUAUUUUAUGUGGCAGAUCUUCCAUAUUUCUCACAUAAAUCCUAUUUUUCUUUGUUAGACACACAAACAUCUAAGUACUAACCUCUUGUUGUAAAUGAAUAAGACCGAUAAUCGGUAUAAUCGGUAUAAUUUUUGAUAAUACAAAGACAUAAUGUGCAUCAAAUGCAGUAGUAAGUAGACAAAGAAUGGAUCAAAAAGUCUUCCUGGAUCUUACCUGUCGUGUUACACUCAUGAUUCCUUGAUUUCUGAACAAGCCUCCAAAGAACAAUAACUGCCAAAAACUGGCUAGCAAUUGAGAAUGUGUUUAUUGUUUUAAGGACAUUUUGUGCAAGAGGAAAACUUUUGUACUGCUUGUUGUUUGAUACACAUGGCUGUGAGUUCUAUAUGACUGCUGUCAAAUAAAAAACUGUUCCAUCACACA